AGCAGAAAACGCACGCCGAGCACUCAUAAGGACGCGGCCACUUGUACUUUUCAGAAGAUAAUCAGCGGCGGGGAUGAGGAAUUGAGGUCUAAAAGUGCGUUUGUGCCGACAUGUCUAAACCAAUGGAUCACGUUAAACGCCCGAUGAAUGCUUUCAUGGUCUGGUCCAGAGCCCAGCGCAGGAAAAUGGCUCAGGAGAACCCCAAAAUGCACAACUCCGAGAUCAGCAAGAGACUGGGAGCGGAGUGGAAACUUCUCACCGAGUCUGAGAAAAGGCCGUUCAUCGACGAAGCCAAGCGGCUGCGAGCGAUGCACAUGAAGGAGCACCCAGACUAUAAAUACAGACCGAGGCGGAAGCCCAAGACUCUGAUGAAAAAAGAUAAGUUUUCUUUCCCCGUGCCCUACAACCUCGGGGAGCACGACGCCCUCAAAGUCAACGGGCUUUCCGCUGGAGCACUUUCCGAGUCCGUCAUCGGGAACCCCGACAAGGCAGCGGCGGCCGCGGCGGCCGCAGCGGCGAGGGUAUUCUUCAACCCGUCCAUGUCGGCGAACCCCUAUUCCUUUUUCGACCUGGGCUCCAAGAUGACCGAGCUCUCCCCACCUUCCUUUCCGUACGCGUCCCCGCUGGGCUACCCGCCGGGAGGCGCCACGGCUUUCACCGGGACUGGCGGUGUAGGUGGCGGGACGCACACCCACACUCACUCGCAUCCGUCCCCUGGGAACCCGGGCUACAUGAUCCCUUGUAACUGUACGGCCUGGCCCUCAGCAGGACUCCAGCCGCCCUUAGCAUACAUCCUGCUCCCCGGGAUGGGGAAACCUCAACUUGAACCGUACCCUGCAUAUGCUGCGGCAUUAUGAUAGGCCCGCGUUGGACUUCUAAGAAAAUGAAAUGUGAAAACAAAAGCAAACAAACAAAAAAACAAAAAAAGAAAAAAAAAAGCUAUUCAUGCAAGAGUUUUAUUAUGCAUGCACAAACUUGUACAUGUGAUGAAGUGCUCGUCGUCUCAGAUAUCACAUGUGUAUGUAUAUUGAUUAAUGCCUUUAUCUAAGGUAAUGCUUAUCUAGAGAACUCUCUCAUCUAUUAUUGCCCGGCCGUCACCUCUCGGCCCCGAGGAGAAAGGACUGAAGGAUGGCAGACAUGCACAGAUUCUAGAGGAACAGGGGGUGUCAGAACAGUUUGUGAAAACUCCUUUUAAAGAGGUACCCUCUUCGAUUUCUAUCUUUUGCAAGUUGCACCUGCUCGACCGACCUGUUGGAAUCAAGGGCAGCAUAUACAAUGACCAUAUU